AUGGCGUCCUUCUCCACCGCGCUCCUCCCCGGCGCCGGCCUGUCCCUCCUCCGCGCGCCACCCGUGUUCCGCGUCACCGCCUCUUCCUCGGGCUCGGGGAGCAAGAAGAAGAGCAAGAAGCCCAAGAGCGGCAGCAAGGGCAAGGACACCAAGGCGCUGGAGCCUCCGGCGCCCGUGGUCCGCCGCGCGCCGGCGGGCAGCGCGCCCAUCUUCCAGCAGCAGCAGGAGGCGGCGUCCAAGGCCGGGGGCGCCGGUGGGAAGGGGCCCACGGAGGAGGAGCUGCGGCAGCGGCAGGCCAACGAGAACGCUUUCCUCCUCGCCUGGCUGGGCCUCGGCAUCAUCAUCCUUGUGGAGGGCAUCGCGCUCGCCGCCUCCGGUUUUCUACCAGAGGAAUAUGACAACUUCUUUGUCAAGUACCUUUAUCCAUCAUUCACUCCAACAGUUGUUCUGUUUUUGGCUGGUACGGUUGGAUAUGGUGUACUCAAAUACUUUGAAAGUGAGAAAAGUAAAAGCUAG